CAUAUUUUAUGUUUCGCAAUCGCAAAUCGUCAUAUUUUGAAAAAUGAGGAAAUAAAAAGUUUAAGUGCCGAUUCAAUCACCUUUAAACUUCACAAAAAGUAUUGUUUCAUUAAUUUUUGAAGAUUAAACUUCUCACUAAAUAUUAAUGUCAAACUUUACAUCCGCACAAGAAUGUCAUCUGGAAGGGAAUAUAUUUUUGAACCAUUUAAGGUUAAUGAAGUAAAAUGCCGAGGACCUGAAUGUCCUCGUCCACGAAGUGGCCAUAGAAUUGCUUGUGAUGACACAAAUAUUUAUUGCUUCGGAGGAUACAAUCCUUCAUUACCUCCCAGCCAACUACAAAGACAUAAUCCCACAUGGACUCCAGCUAGACCUCUUUUUAGAGAACUAUGGAGUUUUAAUCUAGCGAGUAAAAGAUGGAAACAUCAUAAAGUAACAGAGAAUAUGCCAGAAGAACUGGCAUCAAUUGCUAUGUGUAUGAAUGGGAGAUAUUUAAUGAUAUUUGGUGGUACAGGUUCUCCAUUCGGACUUAAGUGUAGUAAUGAUGUGAUUGUUUGGAGGACAUCAAGUGAUGAUGCCAAGCUGGAGGUACUUCAAGUUAGUGGGACCAGGCCUCUGGGACAUUAUGGUCAAUCAAUAUUGUGUCAUAAUGGCUGCUUGUACACAAUUGGUGGGACUAAUGGCUUUGCUUACAACUGUGAUAUAUAUAAGUUAGAUUUGAAGACAAUGGUUUGGGAAGCAGUAUAUGUUGCUACAGGUCAAGAAGCAGAGCCUCCAGGUAGAUAUCGACAUGAAGUAAUUAGAGUGAAAAAUAAACUUUAUAUAAUAAGUGGCGGAACUGGUGAAUUGGCUUUUGAUCUCAUUGAAAUACCCAUGUAUGACCUAGAAACAAAUACUUGGUCUUUAUUGACUUCAAAACCAGAUGAUACAAUGAAGGAUAUAGUUACUCCAUUGCCAAGAAAGUGUCAUGGUGCUGUGCAAAUUGAUACAGAUAGUGGUGUGCAAGUUUUUGUUGUUGGUGGUACGGACGGAUAUGCCGUUUUUGAAGAUGUUUGGAGAUUGAAUGUUAGUGAUCUCCAGUGGCAUUUAAUGCAAAAAACUGUACUGCCACAUCCAUUAUACUUUCAUUCUGCAACGGUAACUUCAAGUGGAUGUAUGUAUGUGUUUGGUGGGAUUGAACCUAAAGAAGAUGCUACAUGUAGGAACAAUAAGUUAUAUAAGGUUUGGCUAUGUGUACCUAAGUUAAGCGAGAUUUGUUGGGAAGCCUUGCUUGAUUGUUAUCCUAAUUUAGAUCAAGUUAGCAGUGGAAGUUUAUUGGAUGUGGGAAUUCCAAGGCAUUUCAUAAAUAGGUUACAUCCAAAAUAUUGAACUUGAGUAGCCAUAUUAUGUUACUUUACUUAGGCCAAUAUUGUAUACCCAUCUGGCUUUUAGGCCAUCUGAACAUUGAAUGAAAUUUUGUUCUCAUUAUAAUAUACAUAUAUAUGUAUAUAUACAUACAUUACAUAUAAAAGAAUUCUUUAUAUUUUCGGCUGGCAACCGAAUGGAUAUUUAUUUAUAUCUUAUUUAGUACCUUCAAAUAAAAAUGAAUUCUGAAGAACAUAGAAGGCUUUAUAAAAAAUUACAAUGUAAGCAGCUCAAUGGUUUUGUGGAUUUUGGUGUUAAAAUAAAUGAUUUAUUGACGAAAUUUAAGUAGCUUUACUCAGUAGUGUUGUAUUUGUAAACAAUUGGAGCAAUAUUUAGUGAAGCCUGUAUUUCGUUUGAUGCGCUAUUGACUAUUGUAUAUGUAUAUUAUUGUUUUAUUAGGUAUAAUAAUAACAUAUCACUUAUUUUAUUGAUCCACUACGUUAAUAUUGUUUGGUUAGCCUGUGAAUCUAUAUCAUCAUAGAGAGAAUUUUAGUGGAUAGUAGUAAUAAAGGGUAUAUGAUGCUUGUUCAUUAACAUUAUAGCAGCUUAUAUUUGAACAUGUCGACAAUAUGGCUGGGAAUCUGCAGAAGAUAGAAGGCUUAAAAGAUUUAUUGACGAACAGUAAGUUGCUUUACUUGGUAAAGUUUAGUAUUUGUAAACAAUUGGAGCAAUAUUUAGUGACACCUGCAUAUCAUUUGAGGUGCUGUUGGCUGUCAAAGAAUAUCAAUGAAAUGAUUGUUUUAUUAGGUAUAAUAAUAACAUAUCACUUUUUUUGACAAUCAAUAAGGCUUAUAUUGUUUGGUUAGCUUGUGAAGAAUUAAAAUUAAUCUCAUCAUAGAGAGGGUCAUAGUAGGUAAUAGUCUAUAUUUUUUUUUCAUUAACUUUUUAGCAGCUUAAACAUGUCUACAAUGAUUAGGCAGCAAAAUUACAGUGUACAGUAAAUGUAGACAUAACAAAUAAAUAACUGUUAUUUAUUUGUCAUGUUUUAAAGUUUUUGUCUAUUAUGCUGAGUAGAUAUAAUAACUAUACCCUAAUUUUAGUAAUUCAUAAUUGAUUAAUAUAAUAAUUACAGUUACUUUGCAACUAUCGUGAACAACACGCAAAUACAAUAACAAUGUUUUAAUCCUCUAAUGACGUAUUUCUAUAAAUUAGGUUUACUUUGUUGUACCUGAGCAAGACUUGGAAGCCAAAUAAAAGUUCUAAUUGUUUAGCAUAAUAAAUACAUGAAUAACUAUUUAUUCGGUUAUGUUAUUUUUACCUUCUACCGAAAUUUUAUUGUUUUUGGUUGGUUAUUUUCAUAAUAAAGUUUUUGUUAAGUUUUUUCACCUACCAUCAUCACGAAGUCAUUUGACAAUUUUCAAAAAUUACCUAUCUUUUGUUUAUUACCUAUUUCUAUGGCGGUUAUAAGGGUAGUGUUAUUAUAUUACAAACGGUUAUUAACGGCCGUUUUCAAUAACGUAUCUCUAGUUAUGGAUAUAUUGCUGUCACCGUUUAAUGACAAGAUCUUAUGUAUUGAUAGUUAUGUCUAAUAUAGUUGUAUUAUUAGUUAUAGUCCAAUGCUAUCUGUCAAUAGGUUAUUGAAAUGUAAGUAAGCGUAAAACGAUAGAUUUGUCUACAUCUAGUAAGUUAAACGAAGGAUAGAUAAGUUAUUGAAAACGGCCGUAAAACGUUUAACCCAAACACCCUAAGAUAAUUUAAAACCGGUUCCUAGCCUUGCUUGCUUGUAAAUAUUGGUCUAUAAAUAUUUUACGUAAAUCACAGAUUACAUUCUACAAUGUAGGCUUUUAUGCAUUUAAAUUACAAGCAAAUCAAUUAGCUUAAAUUUGAUAAUGUUGAAAGGACUAUCAAAUCAUCAUAGAGUAUCAAAGAUUAUCUUUUGUUUUUGUCUAAUAAAGAGUCGUAAUAUUUUAUAAUGUGUUCCAAAAUGAUUUAAACUUACAUGAUUUAUUAAGUAUUUAUAUGAAUUGACUAGUUUACUUUGAUUUUACUUACAAUUUUGAUUGUGUGUAAAAUAAAUAAAUUUCUGUAUGAAUCAAUAAAGAAUAUUUUUGGUUU